AUGCGCGAUGACGGCAACUUUGUGUUGUUCGGCGCUGACGGCACGGUGGUGUGGCAGACGUUUGAGUCCCCAACGGACACCCUGGUCGCCGGGCAGGACCUCGUGCCCGCGGCGCAGCUCUUCUCCGGCGUGUCUGACACCAACAAGGCCGUCGGGAAGUACCAGCUCACCAACCAGCAACAGGACAGCAACCUGGUGUUGUACCCGGUGGGCACGCCGAACGACGCAGCCUCGUCGUACUGGAACACGGGGACGUUCGAUUUGGGUUUCACCCUCAUCUUGCGCCUUGAUACCAGUGGCCUGCUCUACCAGGUGAACAACGAUGGCAGCUUUACCAAGAACCUGACACAGCCUGGGGCCUUAAAAGCGGGAGAGCAAGCCAACUACCGACUCACGCUUGAUCCCGAUGGAGUUCUGCGUUUGUACCGCCAUGCCUUCGUGUCUGGCGGUGCGUCCAAUACCACCGUCGCCUGGAGCGCUCUGACCGGUCGGUGCCUUGUCCAUGGCGUUUGUGGGUACAAGAGCUACUGUGUCCUCGAUCAGGAUCGGCCUAGCUGUUUGUGCCCGCAUGGUUUCGAUUUUGUCAACGCGAGCAAUUCGGCGCUCGGUUGCACGGUGAACUCCGGCGACUGUAAAGGAGGGCAGCAACAAGAUACUGUAGACUUCUCCGUGAAGUUCAUGUCAAACAUGGAGUGGGCGGACAUACCGUACGAGGUGGUGGGCAAGGCCACGAGCGCGGCAGACUGCAUGACGGCAUGCAUGGCCGACUGCUUGUGCGUCGCAGUACUGCAGGACGCGGACAAAGGCACGUGCAGCAAGCAGCAGCUCCCUUUGCGGUAUGGCCGCCGUGGAGGCAGAUACACGCUGUUCGUCAAGACCGCGGGAGCGGCGACAAACGGCAGCAAACCCAUCGGGCGCACGACCAUCAUCAUGUUGGAGGAGGAGGUGGCGCCCCUGAGGUCAUACAGCUACCAGGAGAUGGAGCGCGCCACGUACUGCUUCCGUGACCCGGUGGGCCGUGGUGCGUUCGGCACGGUGUUCAAAGGUGCGCUGCGCAACUGCGAGAAGGCUAUCGCUGUGAAGCGGCUGGAGAAGCUCGUGGAGGACGGCGAACGGGAGUUCCAGAGAGAGGUGCGCGCCAUCAGGCGGACGAGCCACCGCAACCUGGUCCGCCUCCUCGGCUUCUGUCACGAGGGCGCGCACCGCCUCCUGGUGUACGAGUUCAUGAGCAACGGCUCGGUGGCCGACCUGCUCUUCAGGGGUGCCUCAACGCCUUCGUGGUCCGACUGCCUUGGCAUCGCACUCGACGUGGCCCGGGGCCUGCACUACCUCCACGACGAGCUUAGCAGCCGCGUGACCCACUGUGACGUCAAGCCGCAGAACAUCCUCAUAGACGCAGCCGGCACGGCCAAGAUCGCCGACUUCAGGCUUGCCAAACUGCUCCAACCUAAUCAGACACGCACUUUCACCGGUGUCCGCGGCACGCGUGGGUACCUGGCCCCCGAGUGGUACAGGGGCACGGGCCCUGUCACGGCGAAGGUUGAUGUGUACAGCUAGGGCGUGGUGCUGCUCGAGAUCGUGACGUGCAGGAGGAGCAUGGAAAUGGAGGAGGCCGGCGAGGAACAAACGCUGAUGGAGCUGGUGUAUGAGUGCCUACUGAAGGGUGAGGUGAAGAGGGCCAUGAAAAGGGAGGAGGAGGUCGAGACGACGGCCGUGGAGCGGGUGGUGAAGGUUGGGCUCUUGUGCGUGCAAGGAGAACCCGAGUCUAGGCCGUCCAUCAAAACCGCCAUCUUGAUGCUGGAAGGACAUCUAGACGUACCAUUUCCUUCGCCCCCGGCUUCCUAGCUAGUGAUCAACUUUAUAUCACCCAGGUCGCCGGGAAUAUGAUGAACAAAUCGGAUAUCAAAUGCAGAUGUUGUUAAAAUUGGUGGAGUCCAAAAAAAUGGUGCAAAAUACAACAUGGCGUUACUAUUACUUUUGGAAGAAAAAAAAUA